AUGAGUGACGUUAAAGCAGCUGAAGAAGUGACCUCGAGACGUAACUCUUACGCUUCCGUGGAAUUUACCGCCGAGGUGGCAAAACAGUGUCUGAAACAAGUGGAAUUCUACUUUUCCGAGUUCAAUUUGCCUUACGACAAGUUCCUGCGUACCACAGCAGAGAAAAACGAAGGAUGGGUGCCCAUUUCUACAAUUGCGACUUUCAACAGAAUGAAGAAGUUCCGUCCUGUUGACAAAGUUGUCGAGACGUUGCGCGACUCUAGCAUCCUUGAAGUCAGCGAAGACGGCGAAAACGUAAAGAGACGUGUGCCAUUGAACCCUCAGCACGAUGCCAGACUAGAAAGAGGCAAGAGAACGGUUGCUGUGUUGAAUUUCGACUUUUCUAAAGACGGCGAGCAGAAAAUGAGUGAGCAGGAAAAAACUGAACUGCAAGAAAACGUGGAAAACUUCUUCAGCAAGCUAGGGUCCGUGAGCCAGGUGCGUUUGAAGAAAGACCACCGCAAAAAUUUCAAUGGAACCGUGAUUGUCGAGUUUUCCGAUGAAAAGGGUGCCCAAGAGUUCGUGGAGACCUACGGUGCCGACAAAGAAGUGCUUUCAUAUGACGGACGUAAACUGGACGUCUUCUCCAAGAAGCAGUACGACCAGCAACGUGAAGCCACGCGUAGCAAAAACUUCAGCGGGUCCGGCCAGCGCUCGCGCUCUUUCACGGGCCACAGGAAGAAUAUGCCCAAGCCAAAGAGAUCCAGAGAUGCCCCUAAAGCCAACGAAAAGAGCGAGGAAACUUCCAGUACUCAAAAGAAAGACGGUGAAGAAUCAGUCGCUUCAGAGUCUGCAGUUGAAUAG